AUGGGUCCUAGCUGCUGCCUGGCUGUUCUGACAGAUGCCACUGGACUUUGGCUGCGCCCCACGCCCAUUCCCGGCCCCGGACCGGCCCUCCUCGUCCGAGAGGGCAGCGGGCGGGGACCGGACCGGGGGACGGUCCCAGCAAGGGGGCAGCGGACGGCGGCGGCUCGGCGGGCGGCUCUGCUGCGCUCUCUGUGGCGGACGGCGGGCGAUGGGGGGAAGAGCCUCAGCCUCGGCGUGCUCAGCCUCUGCGUCCUCAGUCUCGGCGUCCUGCUCCUGGCCGCCGCCGCGCCGGAGGCCGCGGGGUCGCCGCCGAGCUGCGAGGCCGUCCGGAAAGUUUUCCAGCUGCGGCAGCUCGGCCCCCUCCGGGGCAUCCCGGAGUCCCCGCGGGCAGGGGUUGAUCUCCAGGUUUGUACUUCUAAAAAUCCAACAUGCUGUACCAAGAAGAUGGAAGAAAGAUACCAGGCUGCAGCAAAGCAAGAUGUAGAGCAAGUGCUUCAAACAUCAAGCGCUACAUUAAAAUUUUUAAUAUCUCGUAAUGCAGCUGCUUUUCAAGAAACCUUUGAAAUGCUUAUCAGACUGGCUGAGAAUUACACAAGCACACUUUUCUGCAAUGCGUAUAGAAACAUGGCUGCUGAGGCUACUGCACGCGUUCAGGAGUUUUUCACAGACGUUGGACUCUUCAUAUUUGGCACAGACAUUAGCACAGAGGAAUCUGUCAACAGAUUUUUUGACACCCUGUUCCCAGUCAUCUACAACCAUGUGAUUAACCCUGGUCUGACUGACAUUUCACUGGAAUAUGCGGAGUGCCUCCGAAUGGCGAGAAGAGACAUCAAACCCUUUGGUAACAUUCCCAGAAAGGCCAUAGGACAAAUGGGAAGAUCACUGUUACCCAGCCGGACUUUCUUGCAGGCUCUGAAUUUGGGGAUUGAAGUGAUCAAUACAACAGAUCAUCUGCAUUUCUCUAAAGACUGCAGCAGAGCUUUACUAAGAAUGCAGUACUGCCCCCAUUGCCAAGGGCUGACUUUAAGUAAGCCCUGUAUGGGCUACUGCCUCAACAUCAUGCGAGGCUGCUUAGCUAACAUAGCAGAAGUCGAUCUUCAUUGGCGGGGAUAUAUUCAGUCUCUGGAGGAGCUCUCUAGUGCCAUGAGUGGAACAUACGACAUUGAGCACGUGCUUCUGAACUUCCACUCGCUUGUUAAUGAUGCUCUUGUACAGGCGCAUAUCAAUGGGCCAGAAUUAUCUGAGCAGGUGAACAAGGUAUGUGGUCCUCCUGUAAGGAAGCCUAUGCAGUCUCCAGGUUGCUCCUUAGACCAAAAUAAAGAUAAUCAAGGGUUGAAAAUGUUCUCAAGAGACAGUGAAGAAGCCCUUGCCAACAGAAGAAAGGAAUUUAUCAGCCAGCUCUGGCUCUACAGAGCCUUUUACGGCGGCCUGGCUGACCAGCUGUGUGGUAAUGAGUUGGCAGCUGCCGAUGGACUCCCAUGUUGGAACGGAGAUGAUGUUGUAAGAAGCUAUACUCAUCGUGUGGUUGGCAGUGGAAUCAAAGCUCAGUCUGCAAAUCCAGAAGUAAAAGUAAAGGGAACAGAUCCUGCAAUAAGUCAAAUUAUUGACAAGCUGAAACAUGUUAUUCAGCUGUUGCAGGGCAAAUCAUUUCCUAAAUAUGAUAAAUGGGAUCACCAGCAAACAGGCAGUGGUGGAGGUGUAGAUGAACAAAUCAGUGGAGAUUGUGAUGAUGAAGAUGGUUGCAGAGGAUCAGGAAAUGGAGAAGUCAAGAGAGUCCUGAAAAUUACAGACUAUAUUGUAGAUUUUGGCAUCACCGGGGAAUUGAUAUGAGGACAUCAAGCAAGAUUAACCAAACGUUAAAUUAACACAAAAGCUGGUUUCCAACAGCAACUAAAAGUAAAUGCCCAGAGAAAAACCACAACAGCAUAUGGUAAUACUUCUUCUAGCCUACAAGACUACCUGAGGCAGAAAUGGUUUGUAUGGAUUUUUCUGACAUGAAUUUGUCUAGUCUUGCUAUGAGCCAUUUACAUUUUUAUCAUCCACAACAUUCUGUGUCAAGGUGAUGCACAGUGUAUCUGUAACUG